CUACUGGAUUUCGCAAAGCCAAUCGUCAUCAUCUGCAUCUACAUGGGGAAGGAGGAGGAGGAGGAGGUGGGAUCAGCAGCUCUAGCCUCGGCUGCUCCAAUGUGAAACCACGAGCAAAAAAAGGGGGAUCAGAAAAAGCAACGGAGAGCGAGCGAGCGAGGAGGGAGAGGCUGCUCAGUGUGCGGUAUUCCCCCCUUCCUUCCCCCUGCGGACUUCUCCUCCUCUUCGGGCAGCUAUGAAUUCCGCCGAACAGACCGUUACGUGGCUCAUUACCUUGGGGGUGCUGGAGUCACCCAAAAAAACCAUUUCGGACCCGGAGGGCUUUUUGCAGUCGUCUCUGAAAGAUGGGGUGGUCCUCUGCAGGCUGCUGGACCGCCUGCUCCCUGGGACCAUAGAGAAAGUCUACCCAGAGCCCCGGAGCGAGAGCGAGUGCCUCAGCAACAUCCGCGAGUUCCUGCGAGGCUGCGGGGCCUCUCUGCGCCUGGAGACAUUUGAUGCAAAUGAUUUGUAUCAAGGGCAGAAUUUUAACAAGGUCCUGAGUUCCUUAGUGACUCUAAAUAAAGUAACAGCAGACAUUGGACUAGGAAGUGAUUCCGUAUGUGCUCGACCUUCAUCUCAUCGAAUCAAAUCUUUUGAUUCUCUUGGAUCCCAAUCUUUACACAGUCGGACUUCAAAAUUGUUUCAGGGCCAGUAUCGAAGUUUGGACAUGACCGAUAAUAGCAACAAUCAGCUGGUAGUAAGAGCAAAGUUUAAUUUUCAACAGACAAAUGAAGAUGAGCUUUCUUUUACAAAAGGAGAUAUCAUCCAUGUCACGAGAGUGGAAGAAGGAGGCUGGUGGGAGGGUACUCACAAUGGCAAAACUGGCUGGUUCCCAAGCAAUUAUGUUCGAGAAAUCAAAUCAAGUGAAAAACCUGUUUCUCCCAAAUCAGGAACACUGAAGAGCCCUCCCAAAGGAUUUGAUACAACUGCAAUUAACAAAAGCUAUUAUAAUGUGGUGCUACAGAAUAUUUUAGAAACAGAAAAUGAAUAUUCUAAAGAACUACAGACUCUACUUUCAACCUACCUACGGCCAUUACAGGCCAGUGAAAAGUUAAGUUCAGCAAAUACUUCAUAUUUAAUGGGAAAUCUAGAAGAAAUAUGUUCUUUCCAGCAAAUGCUUGUACAGUCUUUAGAAGAAUGCACCAAGUUGCCUGAAGCUCAGCAGAGAGUUGGAGGUUGCUUUUUAAAUCUGAUGCCACAAAUGAAAACCUUUUACCUUGCGUAUUGUGCCAAUCACCCAUCUGCAGUGAAUGUUCUUACAGAACACAGUGAGGAAUUAGGAGAAUUCAUGGAGAUGAAAGGUGCCAAUAGCCCCGGAAUUCUUGUGUUGACCACGGGCCUCAGCAAACCAUUCAUGCGCCUAGAUAAAUACCCCACUUUACUCAAGGAACUUGAAAGACACAUGGAGGAUUAUCAUCCAGAUCGACAAGAUAUUCAAAAAUCCAUGACUGCCUUUAAAAACCUUUCAGCUCAGUGUCAAGAAGUACGGAAACGGAAAGAGCUUGAGUUGCAGAUCCUGACAGAAGCCAUCCGUAGCUGGGAGGGAGAUGACAUUAAAACCCUGGGCAAUGUAAUUUACAUGUCUCAGGUCAUGAUUCAGUGUGCAGGAAGUGAGGAAAAGAAUGAAAGAUAUCUUCUGCUCUUCCCAAAUAUUUUGCUAAUGUUGUCUGCCAGUCCUAGGAUGAGUGGUUUUAUCUAUCAGGGAAAGCUACCAACAACAGGAAUGACAAUCACAAAGCUUGAGGACAGUGAAAAUCAUAAAAAUGCAUUUGAAAUAUCAGGGAACAUGAUUGAGCGAAUAUUAGUUUCGUGCAACAACCAGCAGGAUCUACAUGAGUGGGUGGAUCAUCUACAGAAGCAAACUAAAGUCACAUCAAUUGGAAACCCCACUAUUAAGCCUCAUUCUGUGCCGUCACAUACUCUUCCUUCCCAUCCAAUCACACCAUCCAGCAAACAUUCAGACAGCAAGCCAGUGCCACUGACUCCUGCAUACCACACGCUCCCACACCCUUCACAUCAUGGGACUCCACAUACCACCAUUAAUUGGGGACCAUUGGAGCCUCCUAAAACUCCCAAACCUUGGAGCCUGAGCUGCCUGCGACCUGCACCUCCUCUACGGCCUUCAGCUGCUCUCUGUUACAAAGAGGAUCUUAGUAAGAGUCCCAAGACCAUGAAAAAACUGCUUCCUAAGCGCAAACCUGAACGUAAACCUUCUGAUGAAGAGUUUGCAUUGAGGAAAAGUACAGCUGCUUUGGAAGAAGAUGCUCAGAUUCUGAAAGUUAUUGAAGCUUAUUGCACAAGUGCCAAAACUCGACAAACACUCAAUUCAACAUGGCAAGGCACUGACCUGAUGCAUAAUCACGUCUUGGCUGAUGAUGACCAAUCAAGUCUAGACUCCUUGGGUCGUCGCAGUAGCCUUUCUCGUUUGGAGCCUUCAGACCUCUCAGAAGACUCUGACUAUGACAGUAUAUGGACAGCCCAUAGUUACAGAAUGGGUUCUACAUCUCGAUUGCUGUAAUUCCAGGUGGCUGUGAUUUCUCUCUUCUUCCAUCACCCCACUUCUUCACCAAAUCCAUGUAUUCAGUGUUCUGAUUUUGUUUACUCAGUGAUAACUCUGAUGCAAUACAUGAUUGUUUCCUGGGAAUUGGGUCCUGAGGUGCUAGUGAACAAGCCCAGAGGUGCUAGUGAACUUCUACCACUGACAUAUUUUUUAGAAAGUUAUACAGCUUUAUUACUUCAUGAUAUAAGUUGAUUGCACAGAAAUCUCUUACUGAGGUCAUUAGGAAAACUGAUAAUUUCAAAUAUUUGUCUGUUCUCAAGUAGCUACUGAACUACUUAUGUCAUCUGGAGAUUUCAUAUUUUUUUAAUAUCAACCAGUGUAUAAAUAAGAAAGUUGAGGAACGAUCUUUUAAAAUUAGUCAGAGCCCAGUAUUAAUCCACAGUGAAAGUGGGGUUUAUGUAUGUUCAGCAAAAUGGCAAUGAAACUUUUGGAAAUAUGAUAACUGCAAAAUUUAUAUACUUAGUAUCAUGCAAUGAAUUUAGAAGCAAUUUAGUUUUGUUUUAUAUUACAUAGAAUAGUCACCUUUUCUGAUAUUAAUAGUAAAAUAUAUUUUUGUUUGCUUUGGGACUGUAAUAAUUAGCGCAUUGGUUUAAAUGCCUUUGCCAUGCCUUAGUAAACUUGAGUUGCAUAUGUCAUGCGCUAUAUAAACCACAACAUGGAAAUGAAGUUGCUGCACUUGAGCGUUUCUUUAACACCAAAUAUCAUUUGGGUUAUUCUGAUUAGACAUUUUAAUUGAUAAUCUAUACACCAAAGUUUGACAAUUUGCCACUAUUCUUUUUUGUACUAGAUAAAACCGUUAAGAUGAUGAUUUUCUUUGAUGCAAAGAUCACUGCGGGAUAAUAAUCUGGCUUUUUGUUUGUUUUGAUUUGUUUUGAAUGUCUGACACCAUUAGCUUUUGUGACCUGAUUAGAAGUGUUAGUGCCACAGGCCUAAAAAAAAAAAAAAUUCUAAUGUGGCAAUGGUGAUAUGAUGUCCAAAGGGUCAGUGUUUCUAUUUUGUGGAAUUUUAGUCAUGCUGAUAAUAGUAUCUUAUGUUUAUGCAAUUUUGUAAUUUGUAUGUGUACAGUUAGUAUUAUAAUGAAAGGAUGAAGACCCUGAAUUAGAAGGUAGGUUUAAGCCAUCAGUCCCUUUGCAAAUGGCUUAAAUGGUGUUCCCAUUGAAUUAAUACUUGCCAUAAGUAUUUAAUAAGCUAUAUCAUUUGUGUGUUUUGCAUAAAAUUGCCAAAACACAGUAAUGUGUAUAUAGUGGUAUCAGACCUUGGGGGAAAAGUCUAUAUUGUGUUUUUUAUCUGUGAAUGGGAAAAGCCAUUUUUAGUAGGUUACUGCCAUUUGGAAAAAUCUACUGGAUGUAUAUCUGAAUGUUACAUUGUAUUGUACAGUAUAUGCAUAUUAAUUGUUUGUGGUUGCAUAUGGCAAUGAAGUGUUUGUUUUAUAUAAAAAAGACAUCUGUUAUGUACAGUUGAAAUAAAUUUUGCAUUUGCUAGCCUGUGGCUUUUAAUAUUUGUUACAUGGGGGGAGGGAGGAACAGCAUAGUUGACAGUUUAAUAUUAUUUGGCUGUUCUCCUGAAGGUAGCAUUUUACAAAGGAAAGCCAGGUAGUAGAACAUUUUCUGUCUGCCUUGAUAGAAAAGGUUGUACUUUCUUAGGGUUAAAUAUAUUCUGGACACUAUAAGGUCACUCCUUGAAUAUCUUUUAUUUCAUCUAUUUCCCUUUUAUUAUUAUUGUUUUAAAAUAAGUUUCAGUCACUGGAUGAUCUGUCUUCAGGAAGAAGCAUCUUCAUUUUUUGUGCAUAAAUGGAAAAAAGCACAACUUUAAAAGAUUUUUAUUUAGAAUAAGAUCAGUUUUUAAUUUUUGUUUUAUAGAAUACCUGCCUGGCUGACUAGGGGAAAGAGAAAUGAAGGAAAAGAAAAAGAAAUACAUUGUACUAGAAGCAGGACUAGGUGAUGAUUCAAAAUAAAGAAAACACAUGAUAAAUAUAAAUAAUUUUCUAAAAAUAAUAUUUACUUUUUCUUCUAACUGAAAAAAAUGAAUUCAAAUCUUAUCAUAGCCAUAAAUAACAAAAUGGCCUUAACUGGCUUUCGGGGAGGUUUUAUUAAAUAGAAUUUUUAAGUGUAAUGUUUUGUUCCAGUCUGUAAUUUAUUUUAAUUUCAAUUGAGAAUAAUUAAUUGCAAAUUUUAGAAAUAUUACUAAUUGAAGAAGUAGUGUGAGUUUGGCCACAAAUGUACUAGAAUCCUAGCCAAAUAGGCAGAUAUUCUUUUCUGAUGAACUUAAAAUGUUUUUAGGCUUUUGUCACACUCGGACUCACAUAUGCAUGUGUGUAUACAUACACCCACACACAUAUCCUGAGUUUGACCCACUUAGAGGAAGUUAUUUCUGAAGCAGUUAGUUGUUUGUAGUCAAUCAAUGCCCUACGAAUGGUGUUCUGACACCAAGAUGACCACAGUGGAAUGGGACUUGGGAGUCCUAGAGUAUUGAUCCUAACUGUUGCUGCCUUCUCUCUGAGACUAUUUUUGUCUAUAAAGUUAAGAGUAAGUCUGUAUUUCUCAAGCAGAGGCUCACAGUCCUCUGGGGAUCUGUGAGUUUUUUGUGUGGGGAGAAUUCUAAGACAUCUCAGUUUUAAAUUUUUUGUUCGUUUUAAUAUAAAUAUGUCCUCAGGCUUCUGGCUCACUGCCUUAUGAGUGAGUGUUGCCAUAUGAUCCCAGUGCCUGCAUUUGUGUCCACGACUACCUUGGCACCAAAGUGAUCAUUGAUAAUGGCAAUGUUGCACUGCAGUGCAGUGUUGCACUGUUUCACAGUGGGAAUUUUAUGGGUAGACCCUGAGAAUCCUCAGGCAUAUUCUUAGAGUCCUCAAGGCUGAGAAAUGCUGGAUUGGUGCUAAGUACAAAUUGUUUAAUUAAUUUCGUGUUUUUCUAUUGCCGUCCCUAUACUGCAAACAAAACAAAACAAACCAACAACUGUAUGUAUGUAUUUAUAGGCAAACACAAGGCUAUAGACUAGUCUCACACUCUUCAAACGGUUGUCCAGAAAACCACAAGAUACUAAUAUUGAUGUGGGAGGGGAAAAGAAAGUUGAACACUCAAACGAAUAUAGGAAGUACUAAGUUAAAUAAGUGUUUUUACUAAACAUUAGCAAAGCCUUUAAUAUGCUAAAUGUUAUGCUGUAAAUCUCCAUGAAGCAGUUAUAGUAUACAGCCUUUUCUGAAAUUAUUUGUUACAGAAGCUUUGAUAUCUCCUGGAAACACAAAACUUCCAGCAGAAAUCUUGACUGUAUUAAAACCAUCAUGAACAUGUUUGUUGUCUGGAUCCAUGUUAGAUGAUUUUAAAAUAAAGAGAUAUAACAUUCUGGUAGUUCUUUUCUUAAGUUGUUUUUCCAAACUAGGUUAUUCAGGGAAAACAUGCGGAUAACUCUAAAAAAAAAUCUCUGAGAUACUUGUUUAAUCUGUGUAUUUUCUAAAACUUUGUUCUUUGAGAAAUAGCCAACUUAUUUGUAAACCUGGCUGGAAAAUACUCCUUUAUGGUUUUUCUGAAAGGUUAUACAUUUUUAAAGUCACCUUAGAAAAAUAUUUUAUAUUAAAGCUAAGCAAAUUAUUAGCGUUACAUGGAUUUCUAUGAAGGCUAAUAAAUAAUCUUCAUUUAAAAGCCUCCUAGCUAACCACUGGAUCCACAAAUGACAUUUUUUUUAACAUUGGCAAAAAUUUCAAGAAUCAGGUAGUUAGUACAUUCUUUCUAUAAUAUUCCCAAACUUAUGUUUUUAUAAAAUAAUAAAUCCUUCUUGUGUGCUUUAAGUGUAUUUGUAGAAAUAAGAACUAUGUCAUGUGUAUGCAACUGUUGGCCAGUUAUUACAGGUUCUAGUUCCUCCCUCAAAUUAAUUUAGUUAUGUUAUAUAAUGGAAUUUAAGGCUUUUAUAUUUCUGAAUACAUUCAGUAAAAGAUAUUUAUAAAAUACAUUUUUAAAUUAAUCCUCAGAACAACUAUGUGUAAUGGUGGUUAGUUUUGUUAUUUUCUUUUACAAAUAAUGAAAUGAAAACCCACUGGUUAAGUGAUGUGCCUAUUUUCUUAAAAAAAAAAAAAACUCACCACAAAAGGGAGUAUAAAAUGCACAGCCUCCAGCUGGGUGUUGCUCUGUUCAUUCAGUCACAGCACCUCUGUAAAACAGUCAACCACAUUUCUUACCUUUUUUUAUUUUUUUAACAAAGUGGACGUCCUUUUUGGUGUUAUUUUGUUUUUCAUCAGACUUUAAUGCUGAAAACAUAAUGUAAACAGGCUUUCUAGGAAGCUAGAAGAUGCAAAAAUAAUUGAAGUACGUAGAAUUUAUCUUGACAUAAUUGGCACAAAAUCAUUUUUGUAACCUGUUGUUAAUCCAUUUGAAGAAAUAUUUUAUUGUAAAUUGUAUGUGACAAAUACAACUGAUACUCCUUUUACAUUUGAAUAUAAUAGUCAUCUGGACUCAAAAGAAUACAACUAUGUAAUUUAUAACAGUGGAAAAGCUUAAGAAUCAACUAAAUUGUUCGACAUAUCAGUUUGCUUCUCUUUGCAGGGGAAAUUAACUGAAGCCAUUUAUUUUCUACACAUGUGGUAUAAAAAUGUGACUAUGACCUUUUUGUAUUUUUUUUCUGAGUAACAUUUGCAUUUGUAUCAGAAGCAUAGAAUUUCCCUCAGCCUACAGAAACUCUUAACCUAGCAAGUGUCUACAUGCUCUCUCUAUAAUUUGUUUCGUGUAUCAGUUUCCUUCACAACAGUUAUUUUCCCAUGUGCUCCAAAUGUCCAGGCAGCAUUCCCCAUUCCCAGUAAGGGUUUAGAAGAAAUAACACUGUCACCCUACAGCCAACAGAGCCCUGUGAUUUUUAGGGAACUGGUGCAGGCAGCACUCUGUGCCAUGCUUCCGUCAUUCAGAAGUUGCGUUUCUGACCUUGUUUUCUGAAUCCUGUCAGGUUUCUGAGGAGGCAGAUUAUCGUCAGUAUAAUGUUGUUUUUAAAAAUAUGUUCCUUUUCACAGUAUGUUAUGUUUGGUUUGGAAAAUAAUUCCCUGGCUAUCCAUAGGUAGUAUGAAUAAAGCAACACUUCCCUCUCCCUGACAAAUCUGUUGAUAAAGUGUUUAUUAUAUUUUAGUGUGAGAGGUUUUUGUUUGUUUUGUUUGCUUUUUAUUUUAUGCUAAAACAUCGGUAAAAGGGUCUUCUUUGAAAUAGUAUUUAACAAGUUUGUUUAUAAAUAUUCUAGACUAUACUAGCUUAUUACAACUUGUAACAAAAUGCUAAGUAAUAUAUUUGAUCAUAAUUCUAAAAUUCUUAAUACAUAUAAAAGCCCUUCCCUAUAGUGGUAAUAUAAAUUUAUAUAUAUAGCUUGAUGGUUGUGCUGUGUAACAUAGAAAUGUACUUGAGUGCUUACCAAGAGCUUAAUUUUAUCAUCUUAUACAUGAGAUAACAACAUCUUAAUUUUGUUUAGUUCUUGACUAUGAUUUUACGUUUCUUGUAUUUGGUACUCAUAGCAGUCUUGAGAUAGGUGGUAGAGCAAGUGUUACCAUCCCUGUUUUGCAGAUGUGGAAAUGGCAGCAUAGGGAGAUUGUGAUUUGCCCAAGGUCACAUGGCCAAUAGAUUCAAAUUCUUUUCCCAUUAGCAUGCUACCUUAGAAAUGAUAAAAGAUAUUCUUUGGACAACAGUAACAUUUUUUGAAACCCCUUGUUAUCAGACUUUCACAUUAAUAGUUCACCUUGUUCCAAAAUAAUUUUAAAAUAAAAUACUGGUAAAACUAUUCUUUAAAAUAGUAUCUUUUAAAAAAGAAGGAGGCAGAAAAGGUGAUUCUAAGAGACUGCUUACAUUGGUUAUGUUAACAUCAUUUAAUUUUAUAAAGAUCAAGACUUCUAAAUAAAAAUACAUACAUACACACACAAAAUAAAUUUUUAAAAAACUAAAAAAAAAAAAAACAUGUCUUUUAAACAUUUGCAUUACACUGAAUUUUCCCAUGAUAGUGAGGAUAUUAAACAAGUGCCAUUCUUAUAAGUUCAUUAACUUUUAGAAAGACAAAGGGAAACCAGAAAAACUAAAAAUCCAGCAAGUUGAACUACCAUUUCCAUAAAUAAUAAGCAUAUCUCAAAAAUAAGUGUAUUUUCUAAAAUGGAUGAAUAUUUAAUUUAUGACAACGAUCCCAUUUGCAAGAGUUUGUGUUCUUUGGUAGAUUAUAUCCUUUCUCAAAUUUGUGUCGGAUGCAGUUUUUCAAAAAUAUAAGUGAUAUAGUGCUCUGUAAUCUUCAAGACAAGAUUAUUUUCUUUAAGAAAAUAUUAUAUUCUCCUUGCAUCCUUAAAUGAGAUUUGAUUCUCUUUCCUUACCCUUUAAAAUAAAUAUUUGGACUAAACAAUUUCUAAAGUACACAUUUUGCAACAAAUAUUUAUUGAGAGGCUACUCUGUGCAAGAUACUGUGCUGGGUGUUGGUUAAAUGAGAUAAAAGUUCUUUUGACAUUGUAAUGAUUUAAUUCUUUUCAUUUGGAAAAAUGUUCUUAUUCCAGGGAAUGUAGAAUAAAGUUUUCAUGAAAGAACAAAAAAUUAAGUUUUUACUCUUUCUAAACAAUGUACCAUAAUAUUUUUAUUUUACUUUUAAAUGUCACUACAGAUUUAAAUGUUUUAAUUGCCAGUUUGUUAAUUUGUAAACACUCAGUGUUUAUGGUUUGCAUGGUCUGAUGUGUCUUUCUAAAUUACCUGAAAUGAUACAAUGGCUCAAAAUUUGGGUGAAUAUCCAGGGCAAUAUGGUCAGAAGUAUUAAUCUACCUGUUGAAAAUUUCAGAUUCAGAAAUUGAAGUUUAAUAAAUUGCAAAAAAAAAAAAAAAAAAAAAAA